AUGAGAACAGCAGCAGAUGUAGACAGAACAAUUAAACAAAUGGAUACAAAAUACGAUGCAAAUUUUGGUGAGUGGGUGAGGAGUGAGGAUAAUUUAGACGUGCUUGGUGUAAAUUUAAAGAAGUACGUUAUAAAGUACUCACCAGAACUAUUUACUGAAGUGCUUAAUUGGAUAACGGACGGGUGGUCAACAACCUCAAAAAUACUUCUUAUGCAUAGGGUAUUUAAAAAUAUAAUAUUUGAAAAUAGUACACAUAGUGUAAUAAAUAAUAAAUAUAAUACAGUGUGUAAUAAUAAUGUAUUAAAUAGUACACAUAGUGUAAUAAAUAAUAGAUUAAAUAGUACACAUAGUGUAAUAAGUAAUGCAGAGUGUAAUUCAUUAGUGAUACAUCCAUUGCACAGGGUAGUGCGGAUAUUAAAGGGAGUGACUGAGAAUUGGAGAGUACAGGAAGUAGCAGAACUUUUGAUUGAAUUUAUAACAGAAAUGAAGAAAGAGGAGAAGAGAUUGUUCCUGCUGUGGAUGUUAGAGGAUACUCCCAGUGACAAACUAACGGAGAUAUUCAUUAGGAUUGAUGGGGCAAUUGACUGGGCAUUAAAGAUAAGCAUAAUAAAGAACAGUAAAGAGAGGAUGUAAAUCAGGGAGAAAGAAAAAGAGAGAGAU